CCCAAAGAAGAAGAACAAGGCGAAGAAGAAACAACGAGGGGAGGGACCUGAGUAGAGACAGUGUCCCGAGGAAAGAGUUUACAUUACAGCUAUAAUUUCUGGAUUGAAUAACGUUACAUUGGUGAUAAUCUAAUUGAUUUAUUGUUUAAAUACAAGGAUUUUCCUCUGUUCAUAUCAGGAUGUCUGAGCCAAGCGCUAGAUAUCAGCAGCUGCCCAAUGAAGAGGAGCCAGAGGAGGUUCUCCAGGUGGCAGCUGAAGCCCCACCCCCUUACAGCAGCAUUGCAGCAGAUAAUGCAGCUUAUUUUGACUACAAAGAGGACGGGGGGUUCCCCAAGCCACCGUCAUACAACGUGGCCACAACUCUCCCUUCCUAUGACGAGGCAGAGAGAACCAAGGCUGAAGUCCAUGUUCCCUUGGUUUCUGAAAGGGAUGAUGACUUUGCAGCCAGGGAUGACUUUGAGGAUGCGGACCAGCUACAGAUAGGCAACGAUGGGAUUUUCAUGUUGACCUUUUUUAUGGCAUUCCUCUUCAACUGGAUCGGUUUCUUCCUGUCCUUCUGUCUGACCACCUCAGCAGCUGGCCGCUACGGAGCCAUCUCUGGCUUCGGCCUGUCACUCAUCAAGUGGAUCCUCAUCGUCCGGUUCUCCACCUACUUCCCUGGGUACUUUGAUGGGCAGUACUGGCUGUGGUGGGUGUUCCUGGUAAUGGGAUUCCUGCUCUUCCUCAGAGGAUUCAUCAACUACGCCAAGAUACGCAAAAUGGCUGACUCGUUUUCUACUCUCCCGCGAACCAGAGUCCUUUUCAUCUACUAAAAGUGGAAAUCUGACUUCUAUAGAGAAGUUUGCUCUGGCUUCUAAACUCCGUCACGGGAGGCUGAGAAAUGUUUUGCUGUCGUUGAAUCGGACGAUACACUUUCGGUCUCUUGAUGUAAACUGGUGGAUGCUGACAAUUCUGUAACUAUUCAAUCAUUAGUGGUUUGUCAAGUGCUAUUUGCAAUCAAGUCUGUGAUUUAUAAAUAAUGCCUUACAUAUUAUUCUAAGUUUGUAGCAAUGGUUAUGUACUGUGCCCCUUUUAGCCAAUAGGGGGUAGUCUUGUCUUUUUCUGUCCUCUUUCAAAGUGUUUGAUAUGGAGACUGCUCAGCUGUAUGCUGAACCUGUGACACUACCAUUGAGUUCUGUCUGUGGAUCGGAGCAUUGAGUCAUUUAUCAAAAGCAGUGCUUUUUUCUUGAUGUGUAUAUGAUAAUGAAAUUAAAAUGUCUUAAGAUGUCUUCAA